AUGUCGCGCACCCUCGUUGAGUUCAUCCCUUGGGACGCCGAAUCGGCGGAGCACAUAGAAAGAUUGAUCCAGCAGCGAGUAGACUGCGGGUGGCAUUCUGGGCUCGUUGAUGGGCCGUGGAAGGAAGCUCACCAAGCAGGUACCAAAUGUAUUUAUUGGAUCGUACUCUCCAAGGAUGACGCAAACUACAGUUCUUUGAUUGAAAAACACGUUUCUGCAUUUCCUCAGCAAAGAACCCCGUUACAGGACUCAUGCGUACGCAUUGGCAACAUGAAUCGUCUACCGACGAGCAAGACCUUCAUUCCUGUUGGCCACGUCUCGCUAGAUACCGAAUCACCCGGCAUAGAGGAGCUCAAUCUCGACAUUCCUGACUCGGGUGUCGCUUGGCUCAAGACAGGCUACGUAUCCAGGGCUCUUCAAUCCAGCGGGAUUGGACGUGCGACUAUGGACGCUCUUGAAGUUACGGCCAAGUCAGAGCCUCUAUACGCCCAGACCUUGAUGCUGGAUACUCUAAGCAAAGACGAUCAUAAGAGGGAAGACAUUGCAAAUUCGUUUUUCGGCGGCAAGAUUCCCAAGAUUUCAAAUGAAGAAUGGUUCGAGUCACGGGGAUAUAAAACGAUAAAAACCGUCCAAAACUUUUACCAGGAGAAGGACAGCACUGGUCGACCCGUGGAAGCAAAGACUGUGUUUAUGAGGCUAGACCUCAAAGGAAGCACGCCGCAUCUUUAA